CCAUAGCUGCGCGACGCUCCUGUUUGACAUGAGAGCGGAGAGAAGCCUGCAGUGAUCCGGCUGCUUCAGACCACAUCAUCACUUCAGAAUCAUCCCGACGACUUCUCACACACCUCGUUUCCUUUAAGACUUCACUUCGUGCUCGAGCGUCUCUGUGUGAACCGGAACACCUGAACGAGCUCGCGGGGAGGUGACACCUGAAUGCUCCACACCUGACUUCAUUCAAUGAGCUUCAGUUAGCAUCCAGACACAUUAAACCCGCCCAGCUUUCUACCUGAAACACCUGGAUUCAUUCAUACACAUCUAACUGCUAAAGGUGACGAGCUGGCGCAGGUAGUGGGUUGCUCGUGGAUAAUGCGAGACAGUGGCGGUAGCCUGACCCAGAACCGCUGGCAGGGAGACCUGGGUCUGACCGCUGUGGGGCAGGACGACACCGGAGGAGGUGGGAUUCCUGGAGACCACCUCAUAGUCCCGGUGUCAGGUCACAGCGUGCCCACCCCCAUGCACCUGAGGCUGGGGCAGAAGGAGAAGGUGUGGACAGGAGAGUAUCUAGAUGAAGAUGAGGAGGAUGAGGAGGAUGGGAUGGGACGGAUCGAGGCGAUAGAUGAGGAUGAAGAAAACAACCUGGAUGGAGAGGAGGAGUUCGAUGGUAAGGGUUGGGACAACAACGAGGAGGAUGAAGACGAGGAGGAGGAUGAAGAGGAGGGGGACGAGGAUGGAGACCAGGAGGAGCUGGAGUGGGACGUCCCAGACUUCUCCUCCCAGUCCGACCCUCCUUCACACCCGCAUUACGAACCACUGCAGCAGGCAGAGGAAGGCAGGGACGUCCUGGUGGAGGAGUCAGUCUCCCGGGCGGAGGCGGGGAACCACCUACGGUUCCACCUGAGCAGGAACCGGAACCUGGGGAGGCUCAAACUCUGGCAGCGCCUGCGGACCCACAGGGGUCUGAAAGUCCGGCUCACACAGCACUGGAAGAGCUGGCGUCAGCGGGCACAGUGGGUCUGCUCCAAGGGGCAGCGGUGGGGCCGGAGGGGGCAGAGGUAUGGCCUGUACGGCAAGCAGAGGAGGACAAAAAGGUAUCGACAAUCACAGUACACCGACGGAGAGGAGGACAGCAACGAUGAGAGGUUCACGAAGUCGGACAGAGAUAAAGAGUUAAACGGCUGCUCUGCAGACAAGCAGGAGGACAGAGGGCGGCGGGAGGUGGAGGUGAAACCUCUGGAGCUGGCCCUCACUGAGGAACACAUGAGCUGUGUGACCGGUAUUCUUGAAGAGUCUCUCCAGCAGUACGGCAGUUUGAUCCCCAUCCAUGUGGACGACAUCGCGGAGAAACUUCAGGACAUCUUCAGCGAGAGCUUCUCUCAGCCGCACAGGAAAACGGUGGUGCAGCACCUAAUACAGUCCUUCCAGCGCUCGUCGGGCUCAGCUCUGGCUAAAACGUUCCGAGUGAACUACAAGCGUCACGUUCUGACCAUGGACGACCUGGGGACGCUGUACGGACAGAACUGGCUCAACGACCAGAUCAUGAAUAUGUACGGUGACCUGGUCAUGGACUCUGUGCCAGAAAAGGUUCACUUUUUCAACAGCUUCUUUUAUGAUAAGCUACGGACAAAAGGCUACGAAGGAGUCAAACGGUGGACGAAAAACGUGGACAUCUUCCAGAAGGAUCUGUUGUUGAUCCCGAUCCACCUGGAAGUCCACUGGUCUCUGGUCAGCGUGGACAUUCCUCGACGCGCCAUCACGUACUUCGACUCUCAGCGGACGCUCAACAGACGCUGCCCGAAGCACAUUUUUAAAUAUCUGCAAGCAGAAGCCAUCAAAAAAGACCAACAAGACUUCCUCACGGGAUGGAAAGGAUUCUUCAAAAUGAACGUUGGUCGUCAAAACAACGACAGCGACUGUGGAGCGUUUGUGCUACAGUACUGUAAGUGUCUGGCACUCGGGCAGCCCUUCAGCUUUGGCCAGCAGGAUAUGCCUCGUCUGAGGAGGAACAUGUACAAAGAACUGUGUCACUGCAAGCUCACCCUGUGACCCCCUCCCCCCGAUCUUAGCCACCCCCGCCCGCCAUCUCCACCUGCUCCCACCUGAUCCCGACAUCACGGAGAGACUUUGAAAUAACAAGAAGAGGACACACGGGGGAGCUAAAGAGUGACUGGAGAACUUUUCAAAAACUGUAUUUUUCUCUGCCGACAUCCAGAGAUUCUUCUUCUUCUUCUCUUGUAGGUGACUUUGUUUUGUCUCUCUUUGCUUCCCUCUCUGCACCCUUUGAGAACUGUUUAGUUUCCAAGUCACGGUUAUUCCUUUGUGGUUGACAGAGGCCAAGACUAGCUUCCUUUUUUACAUUUUGUCCGGGAUGUGCUGAACCUCCAUCCCAUCGAGUCCGGCCAUGUGUUUCUCUCUGAAUGAAGGUCGUCUGAAGAGUCCAGAUGAAGUGUUGGACCUAAGUUAGUCUUUUCACCUGAGCUGCCGGCGGUUGAUUUGAACGACUCUGUGUCAGCUUGUGGUUAAAUAGUUUCGCUGCUCGAUGAUGAUCCAUCCGGCCUGCACAGCGUGCGGUGCUCCGCUCCACAAGUCGAAUCUAAAGGUGUGUUCAGACGCAAAGUGAGCAAAUAUUCCACAAUGUUUUCAGAUUCUUGUGAUGAUCCAAACCAACUCCUUUCAAAAACUGAAGAUGAGAGACACGUCUCCGUCUGCUCUCUGUUCUCACGCUGUGAUAGAAAACAUCUUCUGCUGAACUCGUUGAUUCAUUAGAAAAGCAGCAAACAAAUCUUAAAACGUCUUUAUUAGAGCGCUGGGUAAACUGAAAAGACACACGAAGCAAUCUUUGUUUGGUCGUUUCAAACUUUAAAGGAACUUCAGAUCUCAUUUUAAAACCGGCAAGCAUUUUCAAAACUGCACAAACGCGUUGGCAACGUUUCUAUGUGGCGUCUGUGCUGCUUAGACCGCGUGGAGGACUUCUACUUCUGCUGACGUGGGCGAUUAUGUUUUAGAAUUUAUCUUGAAUUGAAUCGACGUUUAGAAAAUCCAGUAUUGUGACAGUUGAACACGUCUUUCGUGUUUUCAAUCUGACAACUUUUAACGUCAUGUGAAGCGCCAUCUAAUAAUAAAGACGUUAUUUUCAGAGAGAUUAGUCGAUGAUGUCUGUUAACAUCCCGAGGUUUGAAAGCAAACCUUGUUCAAAACGACGUGCCUCUAAGAGUUACACGCAGCAGGUUAUUCAUGAAGGAAUGCAACGCUCGCUCAGAGGAAGCAUGAGAAAUGUUCAAACCAAACUCCAUUCAGGAAACGAGCAUUUUGAACGUGUUUAUCUCAUGUUGCAAACGGAGCGGACAAAUCCUGAAUUCAGACUUUUCACAAAUCCUCCUCCUGAUGUCGUUAUCUCAGCGUCCCUUAGAGCAGGUUGUUGUCCUUAAAUCGGUUUAUUUUGGCUUCAUAGUGAAGGAAAGGCACAGGACACAAAGGAGGAGAUGAAUCAGCUGUGUGUUCACAGAAAUAUCCAGCAGGAAGAAAACGUGGAUGUGUUUGAAUAAAUAUCAAAAAUGAUCCUGUGGUCAAACUUUUGCUCCACUUUCUGUCUGAACACCCCGCCCCCCCUAUCCUCAAGCUUUACAUAUUGACGAUGCUAUCCGUGUAAUGAGCACGGUGUGCCACAGGAGUGCGACACCACCUGUCCAAUGUUCCAUAUUUGUUAGUCACACGAUGUCUGGAUGGAAUAAGUGAAGAUGAAAGUGGAACUUAAAGGAAGCAGUCGUGUUUCACGCAUUUUUCCGAGCGAUAUCUGAUUCAGCAAAGAAUCCCUGAAUUACACGACGUACUGCCCCGCCCCCAACCGGCCCUCCUCCGUCGCUCCUCAUCGUCAAACAGACUGAACACCUUCACACGAGAGAGACUGGAUCUGCAUCGACGCCCCAACAGGAGCAGAAAGACUCGUCGGGUAUCUUGACAUUGCAUUUAUCUUUUUCUGUGUUUAUCUCCGUCAGUAAACGUGUUGAUAUGCUUCUUGCUUUAAACAAACGGUGUUAAAAAAAAAAAAGGAGGACUUUGUGUUAUUUUUGGAGAGAAGAGCAGAAAGACGGUCCUCUGUUUUUUUUUUUUUUUUUGAAGAGCCAUGUCAGCGAGGACCACGACAGACGGACGGACCGAGUGAUCGCGUACGUCCACGGCGGUGUUCCAGGACCCUCCUCUUCUUUUUAUAACAGAAGACAGAACUUGUUGAUAGCUGUGUGUUUGUUUUUUUCCCUUUGUUUUUUCUUCAAACAGGAGUUGAUGCAACAGAGUUGACAGUUUUAUAUAUCUUCUACGAUGCGUUAUGGUUGCUCAAAAUAAAAAUACACAGCAAACUGUUGACUAUGCGUUUCAUCAGAA